CUUCUUCUUCAUCCAUCAAACAUCUUAAAAUGGCGGUUGGAAAGAACAAGCGCCUCUCGAAGGGCAAGAAGGGUAUCAAGAAAAAGGUCGUUGACCCCUUCACCCGCAAGGACUGGUACGACAUCAAGGCCCCCUCCUUCUUCGAGAACCGCAACGCCGGCAAGACCCUCGUCAACCGCACCCAGGGUCUCCGCAAUGCCAACGACUCGCUCAAGGGCCGUGUCAUCGAGCUCUCGCUCGCUGACCUCAACAACGACCAGGAGCAGUCCUUCCGCAAGAUCAAGCUGAAGGUCGAGGACGUUUCGGGCAAGGCCUGCCUCACCUCGUUCAACGGCAUGGACUUCACCACCGACAAGCUCCGCUCGCUCGUCCGCAAGUGGCAGACCCUCAUUGAGGCCUCGGUCGACGUCAAGACCACCGACGGCUACAUCCUCCGCCUCUUCGCCAUCGGCUUCACCCAGCGCAACCGCAACCAGGUCAAGAAGACCACCUACGCUCAGUCGUCGCAGGUCCGCGAGAUCCGCGCCAAGAUGGUUGAGAUCAUCCGCCGUGAGGCUGAGGGCUCGGACCUCAAGGAGCUCGUCCAGAAGUUCGUCCCCGAGUCGAUUGGCCGUGAGAUCGAGAAGGCCUCCAAGGGCAUCUACCCUCUCCACAACGUCUACAUCCGCAAGGCCAAGAUCGUCAAGGCCCCCAAGAUCGACCUCUCCAAGCUCCUCGAGACCCACGGUGACGCUGCCGACGCCGCCACCGGCUCCAAGGUCAUCAAGGGCGGCGAGUUUGUCGAGCCUGAGCCUCUCGCCUCGGUCUAAGCAUAUGAUGCUAUAGCGCUUGGGUAGAGGUUGCAUUGGCAUGUAUACUUAUCGACAUUGGA